GCGAGAAGGGGCAAAAGAAUAACCACAUCAAGGGUCGGGUUGUCCACACCUGUUACCCACAGAUUCGCCAACAAAUAGUUAUCUUGUCGUGCAUUGUUUAUCCGGCUUGGCACUCCGGAAGUUAGGAGGUAGUUUGACAUAGCGGCAGCAAGAGUUCAGAAUCUAAAUCAGCAGUCAGAAUUAGCGUCGAACUUAUUCCAAUUACCUUUUUGUAUAGAGUAAGAGGCAGCAGCUGCACUAAAGACCCAGUAACUGAAAGAUCAGACACGGAUUUAUCUAGAUCUCAAAUCGGGCAAUUAUGGUCGUGACAGACGACUCAUGGGUUAAGAUCAAUUGUUAAUCCUCAUCGUGAAUCGACAGCCAUCACACCGCGAAAGAUCUAGUUAACCUGAGAAUAGUAUUAUUUCAAUCUCUGAUCGCGAUCGGGUAAAUGUUUUUCCAGGAUCCCACAGUGCAAGUGACAUUGAUCAUAAGAGGUAUUCGGCACAGCACAAGUAUUGACCUAGAAGAAGUCUGAAUCGGCAUUACCACUUGAUAACUUGACCGGAGACAAAGCAUUACAGACUUAACAUAGUACAGACGGUGCAUUAGGAGCCUGCGCAGGCACUUCUCGAACCUUAGUUACCAGCAUAGUCGAUAGGUACCAACGGCCAAAGAGGAGUUUGAGAAUCACGUCGUUACUUCCAUUCAUAGAUAUUUGUAUAGCAAUACCGUAUGAUCAGACGGCAUAGCCGUUGGCAACCGACUAAAAAAGAUGCCUCGCACGAAAGCGGACGUUGGGGCUUAUAAGGCUUUGCAGAAAGCGGAACAAAAGGAACGCGCAAACGAACGCGCAUUACAGCGCAUGCAAGCCCGCGGACGCGCGGCAGGAAGUAAUAAGGUCAAGGCCUCGGCAAAAGCUAUUAACAAAUUGCUUGCGUCGGCUGCAAGCACGUUCGAAAAGAACGAGAGGGCAAAGGCGCGCAAUCAAGGAAACGAGCGAUUGAUGCGCGAGCUCAUGGAUACGGCUUCCGGUGGCACGAACAACUUGGGCCGUAAGGUAGCAGCUGAACGCGCCGCGGCCGCGGCAAACCGGAUCCCGCGUCCUAACCGUCGUAACGCGGCGAAGGGCAGUGGUAAGGGAGAUCCGGGAACCGGACAAAGCGGGUCGUCCUCGAGUCGCGCACCCCCUAGUGAAUACGACGACGAACUCUAA